ACUUCAUUUCCAGGUGUUCAAACCAACCCCAGACUUGACUCACCUGAAAUCAUCCCCUUCUUCUCUUUGGGUUCAACCCCUUCAACUCAUUUUCCCACCUCGUCUUGCCAGUAAUCCCUGCUCUCAAACACACACACACACACACUCCCACUCACACUCACACUCACACACACAUACACACACACACCAACACCUCUCUCGUUCUCUCGCCAUGGAGCCACUCAAGAGACAAGAGAAGAGACGCUGAUUAAUGUGACUCCCAGCAGCCUGAGUCUGAUUCCACAGCACUAGAAAUAGAAAGCAGAAAGAAGCGGCAACGGCGGCAGCGGCAUUUGUGAACUGUCAUCACGUGGAAAGAAGAGAAGCACCAUGUGGAAUCAGUCCGGAUACUGCAAUCACAUACCUCACCCCGGAUAUCCCUUCUACCAUGCACCCUGCAGUCAUAACCAGAGGACCACGACAUUUCGCCAUCCUGUGACUGGGCAGAUUUCUCAAGAGAACGUGGAUUUUCUCCUGCAAGAACAGCUGCAGGGUGCUCGCAUGAUGUCCAAACCCGGAGGUGAGCUCUCAAGCACCACUGUCAGCGAGGCCUCCACUGCCAUCACCUCUUCGACUGUGGACACUCCUUCUGCCUCAAAGGGCACCCGCUCCAGUGCUAAGGUGCACAACUUUGGGAAGAGAGAGCAGGCCAUUAAGAGGAACCCCAAUGUGCCCGUCGUGGUCCGAGGAUGGCUGUACAAACAGGACAGCUCUGGGAUGCGUCUUUGGAAAAGGAAGUGGUUCGUCUUGGCUGACUUCUGUCUGUUCUACUACAAAGAUAGCAGAGAGGAAUCGGUCCUAGGCAGUAUUCCUCUGCCCAGCUAUAUCAUUUCACCCGUGGGACCCGAGGACCACAUCGGCCGCAAGUAUGCCUUUAAGGCUAACCACACUGGUAUGCGCUCGUACAUUUACAAGCAGAGCUCUGUGAUUGGCACGCAGGCGGAGCACACUGGGAUGCGGACGUAUUACUUCAGCGCAGACACCCAAGAGGACAUGAACACUUGGCUGGGUGCCAUGAACCAGGCUGCACGGAUGCAGAACCAUGCUGACUCUCUGAUCAGACCAUCUGACAAGUUAGAAAACUUUAACAUAAUGCAGCAUCAGACAGUCUCACAGACAAACCACAUCAACCACCACAAGACCAAGACUGCGGACACUGAUGGCAGACCCAUCAUCCACGAAGUUCUCCUGGAGCCCAUACACCGUGACGCAGACGAGCGCUGCAGCUUCCACAAAGAAUCUCCUGCUACAACCAUGUUGUUGGAGCACCACAUAGGAAGCAGCACCCUGGAAACAGACACACAUACUUCCCUCCCCGCCAACCCCACAACCUCCACCCUCCCACAGUCAGACCACAUGUCGGCCUCGGCUCCUGUAUCCAGGGUGCCGUCCCGGGCGCCGUCACGCGCCGCCUCGACACUGCCCUCCAGCGUUUGCACAAGGAACGGCCUGGUCUCCACGCCCAGCCCCAUCCUGGAGCCUAACGGGAUCGCAGCGGGGACAUACCAGAGGGCCCCAGCAGCGCCCCCUUCUGACACACACAAGCCUGUGCAUAGGAGAAGCACUCUGGAGCAGGUGGAGCAGUGGGUCAAAGUGCAAAAGGCUGAGCACAAAGGCCCCCCAUCCAGAGACAACACCCUCCCCCGCCGUACACCACCAACUCAGCCCAAGUACACCACCAUAGAUGCAUACCAGACCCUGCCAAAGACUCCUCGCCACAGCCCCCCGACCGCACGAAUUGGCGAGUACAAGUACGCUCAGGACCGCCUGAGCCACUUCCGCCUCACCCCAGAGCAAGGUGCCGCAGGGUCCAACACCGUCUGGCAGCUGUACGAGUGGCAGCAGCGUCACCAGUUCCGUCACGGCAGCCCCACAGCGCCACUCUACACUCCAGCCCCGGAGUACCCUUUCGGUCCCCGGCCCCCAUCGACCGUGCCUCCCUCCUCAGCUCCUAAGUCCGAUGGGCCGCCCCGCUGUGUGUCGGUACCACCUUCAUCUGCAGACAUCCCUCCACCCGGGCCCCCGCCAGGCUCCAGCCGAACCCUGUCACCCACACGGAGGCCGCACACACCUGCUGAACGGGUGACAGUCAGGCCGAUGGGUGAUAGGUCAGUGGUGGACAUCCCCUUCACUGUUUCUCCCCGCAGGAGCAAAUCUCAGCUGUUCAAGGCGGCAACUAUCGAGAGACGGUCAAUGCCUGCAUCUGGCUACAUCACACACACAGUCAGUGCACCCAGCCUUCAUGGCAAAACGGCUGAUGAUACCUAUAUGCAGCUGAAGAAGGAUUUGGAGUAUCUGGACUUGAAGGUUGCUGGAAGUCAGACGCUGAAGGAAUCAGGGAAACCUGUUAAAGUUGCAGAAAGUGAUGUGGAUGUGAAGUUGAGUCGGUUGUGUGAGCAGGACAAUAUCCUGAAGGAUCUGGAGGCGAGGAUCAGCUCUCUGAAGGAAGACAAGGACAAGCUGGAGAGUGUGUUGGAUUUGUCCCACCAGCAGAUGGAGCAGUACCAUGAGCAGCCGGCCCACGCCCAUAAGAUCGCCUACCAGCAGAGGCUGCUACAGGAGGAUCUGGUCAACAUCAGGGCCCAGAUAUCCCGGCUCUCCACGGAGAUGGCAAACGCGUGGGAGGAGUAUGGCUGGCUGGAGAGAUCAGUGGAGCAGUUGAGGGCGGCACUGCAGGCACAUAUGAGCCACAGCGCCACCCCACAGCAAGAGAAAGCUGAGAUGAAGCGUGAGCUGUGGAGGAUCGAGGACGUGAUGGGGGGACUGAGUGCCAGCAAAGCCAACUACAGAAUCACCAUAGACUCCGUCCAGAACCCAGAGAGGAAAUUAGUGCCUUCGGUGUCGGACCCCGCAGUGCCUUCUCAGAGCGCAGAGGUCCAGCCUCCUCCUCGCAGCUCCAUUCCAAGCACCCUCUCCCAUACGUUGCCUCACAGCACCGUGCCAAAGUGGGCAGAGGACAACGCUCCGCCCCGGCCACCACUGCCACGUCUCUAUGACUAUGAGGAGACACCCCCUGUGGUGCCGCCCCUCCCCAAAGAGGCCUCGGUCAUCCGCCACACAUCAGUACGCGGGCUUAAACGCCAAUCAGAUGAGAGGAAGAGGGACAGGGAGAGCGGACAGUAUGUUGUCAAUGGAGACUGUAAGGGGGACUUGAGGUCCUACCUGAGUGAACCAGAGCUGCCAGCGAUGAGCCACCACAGCACCGGGUCUGACAUUGACUACCAGUAUUUCCAGAGCAAAGGUCUGUCAGGCACCUCAUCUCGACUGAACCAGUCCAACUCCAUCUCAUCCUAUGUGACCCUGAGGAGAGGCCCCGGGAGCUCCUUAGCCAGGGAGAGACCCAAGAGUGCCUUGGAGCGUCUGUCUUCGCCCACAGAGGCCCAGCAGCUCCCGAGCAACCAGGCUCGCGGCCGAAUGAGCGCGGAGGAGCAGCUGGAGAGGAUGAAGCGCCACCAGAAGGCUCUGGUCCGCGAACGCAAGAGGAACCUCAGCCAGGGCGAACGCUCCUGCACGGGCCUCUCCACCUCCACUGCCACCACCCAUCGCUCCUCCUCCUCGUCUAGACUGCCCUCCAACACCUCCGAUCCUCCGGCCUCCGUUUUUGAUUGGCAGGAGGAGCGACCCAGGGCAGAGGGUCAGAGCGACGAAGGUAGGAACCAAGUGAAAGAGAGAGGAAGAAUCCAGUCAGAUGAAUGGGUGACAGUACCGGUCACACAGAUACGAGAAGUGGAUGUUGAGCCUCUGGACUAUGAUCUGGAUAUCAGCCGAGAGCUGUCCAAACCUCGGAAAGUCCCCAUCCCAGAGCGCUAUGUAGAGUCUGACCCUGAGGAGCCUCUGAGUCCGGAGGAGCUGGAAGAACGCAGCCGCAGAACUGAGCGCAUCAAGAACCUUCUGGCCAAAUCCAGUGUUCACAACAUGCAGCCGUCGGCACCGAUGGACUUCAGUGAGCUGGAGUCAGCUCUACAGCAGCAGGAGAAGAUCAUGACUGUGUCUCACGCACUGGCUUCAGAGGCCUCGCGCAAGAGCAAACGCGUGGCAGCCAAAGCUGCUGCACAGCACUGAACCACAGGAUGGACCAGCACCACAAACCUGAGGACCUUCUUCAUUAACAGGAGGGAUCAAAUCACUUUUUGAGCAGUUGCCAACUAAAUAAUUCACUUGUAAUAAAUUCCUUUUAUAUGAGUGGGAACAAGAUACAUGUUUGUAAAAGAGUGUUGAUUCAUAGCUUUGAAAUAGAAUUCAGUUUUUACUGCUUCUGCAUUUACAUUACACAAUUAAGUAAUAAUUUAUAACAUGAGUGAAUUGCUUUUAUCUGCAAAUUACCUGUUUUUCAGCUUGGUCUGGAUUUUUAUGAGUCAGUAACAAAAGAGUGGAAUGAAAGUCAAAGCCAAUAUGGUAGAUUACAGUGGGCAGGUUUUGACAUGAAUCAUUUAUUUAUUACUUUUGUUUCCUUUUGAGUGACAUGCUUGAUGACCAGUGGCUACUUCUGUUUUUUUCUCAUGUAAUUCAACACUAUCACCCAAUAAUCACAGUCCGGUCAACCAGCAAAAAAUGCAUUAGAAUAUAAUAUGCAAACAAUUCAUACAUCAAAUAAAUAAAAUAAAUGCGAGAUAAAACAAGAUACUUGUUUCUGUGUCCUCGUAUCAUACGUCACAGUUAUACACUUACACAAAAUAACUAAACCUACAGUUAAUCUGAUGCUAUUAAGUAGAACAGCAUAAUUGCAUUGUCUUUUUAUACAGUUGUAAUGCAGUUUUGUCUUUGUAACUUUCUAUCAUUUGU